AUGUACGAGUGUUGGACACAGAUGAACGAAAAGGCCCGAGCAUACAUCUUGGCUAGCCUUAACGACGUUUUGGACAAGAAGCAUGAGCCCAUGAUCAAUACACGUGAGAUCACGGAGUCCCUGUGGGGAAUGUUCGGACAACCGUCCGCGCAGCUCAGGCACGACGCUCUUAAGUUCAUCUUCAGCUUCAAAAUGAAGGAGGGAACAUUUGUUCGUGAUCAUGUUCUGAACAUGAUGGUCCACUUCAAUGUGAUAAAGAUUAACGGAUCGAGCAUUGAUGAGGCCAACCAAGUUAGCAUUAUUCUGGAGUCGUUACCAGAAAGCUUCCUUCACUUCGUAAGCAACGCUAUUCUAAACAAGCUUGAUUACAACCUUAUAACUCUACUCAAUGAGUUGUAA